AGUCAGGGUUUAGCGCUUGGAUCGGUUACCUCGAACGAGUUAUCUCAUCUUACCCUAAUCAGAAGAGAAUCUUCACAACUUUUAUCCACGAUUUUACCAGGAAUAAAUUUUAAAUCAAGGUUUUAACAUAAAGAUGACUAUAGAUGAUGAGCAACCCAGAUCGGAUGGAGAAACGCAAGAAAUGCAAGAAACUGAAAUGGAAUCAGAAAUAGGUACAGGUACGGCAACAGAAAAUGGAAAAAAGCAUUCUCCGUCACCUGAGGAAGCAAAAAAAGCUCUUACAUCCAAAGAAGUAGAUCAACAAGCUCAAGGCAAGUUUCCUUUAAAUAAAGGUGAAGAAAUGAAUCUCUUGAAAACUAAUGGUACGAUGGUGGAAAUGGAUGAAGAAAAGGGAGAGAAUGGAGCUGACAAUAGUCGAAUAAAGAUAGUUACCAGCGAAAAAAAGAAAAAACAAAGAAAGUGUUUAUUCAUCGGAAUCGUCGUAAUAUUAGUCAUAAUUACAGCUGCCCUAAUUGGAAUGCUGGCCCACCACUAUACUACAACAUAUAAGAAACUUCGUCUUGCAGUCCUAUUCCAGGACAACAUGGUUCUUCAACGAGAACCUCAGAGGGCAAGAAUAUGGGGCUAUGGACCGUCGAGUCCAAAAAACCAGUCGAUUUUCGUACAGUUAAAGAACAAAACAGGUCACAUUGUUCAAAGCCAAACAACACAAACGGUUAAGACUGGUAACGAAUAUAUUUGGUCUAUAUAUUUGGAACCGAUGAACAAAGGUGGACCAUACAUGAUUGAAGUUCAAUUGGAAGGUUUCAAAGAGGAGGUUUUAAAAAUAAAAAAUAUUCUCUUUGGUGACGUUUGGAUAUGUGCUGGCGACGAAAAUAUGCAGUACACGCUACAUAAGAUGGGAAAUGAAUACGAUGUUUUAAUGUUAGCUAAACGGGCCUUACAUUUACGGUUAUUUUCUCUGUCUUCACUAAGAUCUCGUGUACCACUCUCUGACAUAAGAGAUGUUGAAAUACCCUGGUCAUUACCAACAAAAGAUGCAUUAUUUGGACAAGAACCGCUACCAGGCCAAAUUGGAUCACAUUUUAGCUCUUUGUGCUUUAACUUUGGUAGGAAACUGUAUCAUGAAUUAAACGUCCCAAUUGGACUCAUUUCAUCAACGUUCGCCCAUUCUAAAAUCGAAGAGUGGAGUAGUACUGACUCAGCUAAAGAGUGUAAUGAAGAUUCUUUCAGAAACAGCCACACUAGUACCGUCUGGAAUUCCAUGAUUAAUCCACUGAAGAUGCAAACCUUCAAAGGAAUGAUCUUUUAUCAAGGAAGCAAAGAUGCAAUAGAAAGCACUUAUGGACCAACAUACGAAUGUCUUUUCAAACAAUUUAUUACAUCCGUUAAAUCGGAGACAGAUGCUUCUGUUGGCUUCAUUCAACUUCCUGGGGCAGCUAAUAAAUAUUUAUACCACUACACUAAUAUUAGAUGGCUACAGACGUCAUCUUUCGGUUACGUUCCAAAUAAACUCAUGUCAGAUAGUUUUAUGGUUUCAGCUAUUGACUUGCCAGCGUAUAAACAAUCAAAUCCCAGUUUUUUUGUCAAUACAACGGACGUGCUGAGUGAUAGAUUAGUGUUGUCUGUACUCUAUCAUUCGUAUCAAUGGCAAAACGGAGCAAACUUGACUCCAUAUCCUAUUGAUAUUCAGACCAUUGGGAAGAAUCUUCAAAUAACUUUUCAAUCGAACUAUGAAAGUAACCCAGAAAGCAUUGACGCGUUUGAGAUAUGUUGCACUCCAAAGAAUUUCACAGAUCCUUGCCCUGAGUUUGGAAAAACUGGAGAAACCACGGGCGGAUUUGUAAAAUGGUUACCCGCACUUCUAGUCGAAUCUCAAGCUCCAUUCUUAAAAUUGGGUGUUGAUAGAGAUUCCUGUUCACUUGAUAAGAAACUACACGGUAUCCGAUACGCGUGGAAUGCCCAACCUUGCGAUUUUGAAAAAUGCGCUAUCUACGGUGAAUCUAACAAACUACCUACUGGACCUUUUUUGUAUCCGAAUCUAGAUGAAAACCAGAUAAGGAAAAGAAUAAUUAUUAAUCGCUUGUUUUCAAACUCAACAAAAGGAGUUUAA